ACUGUUUGAUUUGGUCUAUGCUUUAAGAUGCGGUCUUGAAUCUAGAAUCUUUUUUUUUUUUAAUCUAGAAUGUUUGUGGUUUUGUGAUUGUAUGGUUUACUUGGUUCGAUAUGGCCGGUUUACGUUUGUUCGGAAGUCACCGGUUACCCAGCAGAAAAAAAUCAGAGUUUCUAUUUAUUUCGGUUUACAGAGAGAAUAUUUUCAUGGACGCCAUAUGAGUCUACUACAGAUUUGAAAAACCGUCGUACCAAAGAUAGUUUCGAAUAAAAAUCUCAAACACUAUUCCUCAUUUCACAAAACAAACGAAAACUGUUGAAUCACAAAAAAAAAAAAAAAAGAAACAGAAACACAGAAUGGAGAAAACAGAGGAAAGCGUCGGAAUCAGAGUUUACGCGACUCCGCCGCAAAAACCAUCACCACCACUGUCUAGGUCGCCAAAACCUGUCCUACUCUCUUCACUGCUUACACUUCCGGCAGGAGCCGCCGCAGGAGGAGGAAAAUGUGGAAAACGUCGCAUGGUGGCGAAAGGAGUUCAAAAAACGGUUUCGAAGACAUCAAUGCUCGUUAGUUUCCUUCCGACAGCUCUCUUGAUGUUCGAAAUGGUUCUUCCGUCAAUCUACCGUGACGGAGACUGUAGCGGAAUCAACACACUCAUGAUUCAUCUUCUCUUGCUUCUUUGUGCAAUGUCUUGUUUCUUCUUCCAUUUCACCGACAGUUUCAAAGCCUCCGAUGGGAAAAUCUACUACGGUUUCGUGACUCCACGUGGACUCGCGGUGUUCAUGAAACCGCCUUCGCCGGAGUUUGGAGGGGGAGAUGUGAUUGAGGAGGCGGAGAUUCAGGUGACGGAUGAGAGGUAUAAGUUGAGGGUUAAUGACUUUGUGCAUGCAGUGAUGAGUGUUUUGGUUUUUAUGGCGAUUGCGUUUUCGGAUCGGAGAGUCACCGGGUGUUUGUUUCCAGGGAAAGAGAAAGAGAUGGAUCAAGUUAUGGAGAGUUUUCCGUUAAUGGUCGGAAUUGUUUGCAGUGCUUUGUUUCUGUUGUUUUGUGAUUUUUUUACUUCUUUUGUAUUUGCCUUGUAAUUUAGAUUAUCUGAAUCUAAUCCACUGUCUACUAUACAUCGUUUUCUAGCGUUUUACGAAAAUAAUUUC